AUGGUCUGGACAAAUGAAAGCGAAUGCCAUUUAAGGCAGCAUUCUGGUUUUUGCCUUCUUUUUCUUUUCAGCUUGGAUUAUGGCUCAGCUCAGAAUACGCAUUCAAAGGACCAAAACCCUAGCUUGCAAGAAAGAACCUUCAAACUGAAAUCAGCAGAACCAGAAAAGAGAGAGAGAGAGAGAGAGAGAGAGAGAGAGAGAGAGAGAGAUGACGCAGAAAAGCAAUCUAUUCAAAGGCCAACAAAAGAGGAAAACUAUCCCUCCCAAUCGCCAUGGAAAAGCAAGAGAUUUGUAAAGCCUUCAAAUUUUUCGAGCGAAAUGAAUAUGGAUCGAAGAGAGGAAGAUGGAGGAGGAGUUGAGAGAGAAAAUGAGAAGAAAGAAGAAGUGAGAGAUGUUGAGAAAGGUGGAGUGGGUUUGGAAGCGAAGAAGGAAAAUGAAAAUGAUGAGAAGAAAGUUGAAGCAGAAGAAUUCAACAUGUCCAUGUUGCAGAGGCUGAAUCCGACCAACCCUUUGAGGCUUGUCAUUAAUGGUGGGACCAGAGUCGCAACUCCUUCUCCUUCUCAGUUCUCUCACCCCUCUCAGCCUCGUCCUUCUCCUUCUCAGUUCUCUCAUCCCUCUCAGCCUCGUUCUACACCAACCCCUCAACCAUCUAUAACAACACUAAAUUCAAGAGCAUACACAAACAAGAUAUCUCUCUUUCUUUUCCUUCUGCACAUGGUGGCGGCAAUUGGGCUAGUUGGCUUUCUUAUAUUCAAGGGAAUUCAAGGGCUUUUAAUAGCAUCAGAAAGUGUCAAAAGAAAAGAGAAAAGAGUGUUGAAAUAUUUCCUCCCACAAGUAGAAGCUGCAUCUCUUUUGGGCAUUACACUUGCAUUUGUAUGGCAAAAAGCAGUCAGAGAAUGGCCUAAAUUCAUGGUUUCUUUCAUACUUUGGUGCACUUUUCUCAUGUCCUUAACCGCCGGGAUCCUCUUAAUUUGCUUCCAGAAGGCCCCCACUGAUGGUGUUGGAGCCUGCUUCAUUGUCUUUGCAAUAGGCAAUGGCUUAUAUGCCUGCUCGGUUUCUCAGAGAAUCGGGUUUUGCAGCAAGAUUUUGGUCAAAUCUCUUGAGCCCGUGUCGAAAUUCCCUGAUCUGAACAAGCCCAUUUACAUAAUGCUUGCGGUUGGAUUUUUGUGGAUGUCUAUGUGGAUUUUGGCAGUGAUUGGGGCACUGAAUUUCUACUUCUCUCCACUGGUCACAAUCCUAUUAGUGUUGAGCUUGGCUUGGACUGCUGAGGUGAUGAGGAAUGUCGCGAAUAUAACAGUUAGUAGGGUGAUUGCCUUGUAUUAUCUUAGAGGAAUGCAAUCCAAUACUCAGUUCUGCUUCCAGAGAGCCUUGACUAAGAAUCUUGGAAGUGCUUGCCUCGGGUCUCUCUUCGUGCCUGCAAUCGAAGCUCUUCGAAUUGUGGCUCGGGCUUUGAAUUUACUCGAAGGAGAAGAUGAGUUCAUGUUCUCUUGUGCACAUUGCUGUCUCAGAGUCAUGGAGUCCAUCUUCAGAUAUGGCAAUGGCUGGGCCUUUGUACAGAUAGCUGCAUAUGGGAAAGGUUUUGUGAGGGCCUCUCAAGACACGUGGGGACUCUUCGAAGGGCAAGAAAUUGAGCCUGUUGUCGACUCUGACAUGACCAGCUCGCUCUGCUUCCUCACCGGAGUCUGCAGCGGCUCCGUUUGCGUGAUUAUGGCUGCUGCUUGGACUUAUAAAGUGCACCAAAGUUUCACAGCAACCAUUUCACUCCUUGUGUUCUUCAUAGGAUACCUUAUGACAAGGAUUGCCAUGGCAGUGCCUCAUGCCUGUGUGAGCUGCUACUAUGUUUGCUAUGCUGAGAAUCCAGAAAACAGGCUAUUUGACAAAACAAUCAAGGAUCAUCUCAGCUUAAUGAAAUCCGGCCGUGAUGUGGUUGUCCGGACGCCUCGAGUACCGCAUCAAUUCUCAACAACCCAACACACAUGAUUUAAGAGGUGAUCAACAAUGCUACUUUAUCACCACCGGUAACCAACCAACGCUGUGAUCAUUCCAUGUGACGCAUGAAAAUUUUGUACAGGUAUUAGGCGCUCUUUUAGCUUGACCAAUAUGCUUUUUCUAAAUUUGUACCACAUCAUGAUGGUCACUCCCAAAAUGGGGAUCAAAACUCAUAAAGGGGUCAACCAAGGAACUGAGAAUCAAGUUGAAAUUAUUGAACAAUGCUUGUAAUAGUAUUGUUUGAAUUUUGAGUUUGAGGAAGUUGAACCAAAAAGUGGGGUGUGGCUUUGGAAGGAUAUGAGAACCAAGUGAGACUCCACUCAACAAGGAUAUGAAAAAGUAAAGGGUAUUUUGGUCUACCCCUAUAAUUAUUAUAUCCUCAUAUUUUUAGCAUAUUCCAUGCUGAAAAGUCCUACCAUUAUUUAUUUUUUUGCCUUUAGCUCAAUAAGACCCACCAAACCAAUUAUUUUCUGUAAUUAUUUGAUUAUUUAAUUCCAUGUGAUCUUGGAAGAA